AUGGAGUCCAUGAUCAAGCCCUUGUUCAUGCUCUUACUAGCCAUGGUUCUUGUUCUGAGUAACGUUGUAGCAUUGACAAACAAAGAAAUGCCUAACCUGGAUGGUGAACCUGACUCUCUGGAGCUCCCAGAAAAUGAUGAAGAAACUUCUCAGCGAGUAAUAAGCCGUUUUCUCACACAGGAAACCCUGAGCGGUCACUGUAAAUUGACUUGUGAUAAGUUCCCUAGGAUUUGUAGAGCUAAAGGGAGUGCAUGGCCGGAUUGUUGCAAGAAGAAAUGUGUUAAUGUGAUGACUGUCCGGCUCAAUUGCGGGUGGUGUGGGAACAAGUGCAAGUACUCAGAGAUAUGUUGCAAGGGGAAAUGUGUGAACCCAAUGUUCAAUAAGAGUCAUUGUUGUAGGUGCCACAAUAGAUGCAAGAAGGGGGAGUGUUGCUCAUAUGGGCUCUGCAACUACUCCUAG